AAGCGGCUGCUGCGGUGGCGGAGCUCGAUGGGGCCCUCAUGCGCUGCGUGCGGGACAAGUGUGCUCAUCACGUGCUCCGAGCGGCACUGCACCAUGUACCGCACCACCGCCAAGCCUUUCUGGUGGACGGAUUGCAGGCCGCUCUACCCUCCCUGGCUCGUCACCCAUACGGUUGCCGCCUCGUUCAGUCGUUAUUACAAACGGUUUGCGAACCCGAACGCUGGAGGGCGAUCGGUUGGGAUCUGCUGCAAGAUGCUCCUCAGCUGGGAGGACACGAGUACGGCAAUUACGUAAUGCAAACGCUGGCGCAGGUAGCAGCCCCUCCCGUACGAUCAGCGCUAGCGGCGGCGCUAUCUCCACAUGCCGUACGACUGGC